UCCAGGCUCCCCUUCCUCUUCUAAGCUUUGCUCAGAGCCCUGGACAAGGCCACCACAGACACCACAUGACUCACCCACUGGAGCCCUAGAUCAAGUCAGUUGAAGCUGAAAGAUGAGUGCAGUAGGGGAAAGCCCCCUGGACCCUGCCACGCCGGAGUCACGCAAGAGGAAGGGCUCGCCAUGCGACACAUCAGGGCAAAGCCUGGAGAAGAGGAGGCGGGAGCUGGAGUGCCGCUACAUCGAGGAGCUGGCGGAGCUGCUGUCGUCCAACAUGGGCGACAUCGCAAGCCUCAGCGUGAAGCCCGACAAGUGCCACAUCCUCAAGAGCACGGUGGACCAGAUCCAGCAGAUCAAACGGCGUGAGCUGGAGAAAGCAGCUCUUCUGUCCCCAGAUGACGAAGUGCAGAAGAGCGACAUCUCCUCCAGUAGCCAGGGGCUGGUGGAGAAAGAGGCACUGGGGCCCUUGCUGCUAGAGGCCCUUGACGGGUUCUUCUUCGUGGUCAACCGGGAGGGCCGCAUCGUCUUCGUCUCUGAGAACGUGACGAGUUACCUCGGGUACACCCAGGAGGAGCUGAUGACCUCCAGUGUCUACAACAUCCUGCACGUGGGAGACCACAACGAAUUUGUGCGGAAUCUGCUGCCCAAAAGCCUCGUGAACGGUGUGCCGUGGCCACAGGAAACCAGCCGGAGGAACAGCCACACCUUUAACUGUCGCAUGCUGAAGAGGCCGCCGGACGAGGUGGACUCUGAGAACCUGGAGGCGCGGCAGCAGUACGAGAUCAUGCAGUGCUUCACCGUGUCCCAGCCGCAGGCCAAGCAGCAGGAGGAGGGAGAUGACCUGCAGAGCUGCUUGAUCUGUAUCGCCUGUCGAAUACCUCGAGCUCAGCCCGUCAACAGUGAGUCCUUCAUCACCAAGCAGGACCCCACAGGGAAGAUCAUCUCCAUAGAAACGAGCGCCUUGCGGGCGACGGGCCGGCCCGGCUGGGAGGACCUGGUCAGGAAGUGCAUCUACGCUUUCUUCCAGCCGCAGGGCAAAGAGCCCUCCCACGCCAAGAAGCUGCUGCACGAGGUGAUGACCCACGGCAGCGCCAUCAGCCCGCUGUACCAUUUCUCGUUAAGUGACGGAAGCCCACUCAGCGCUCAGACUCGCUGCAAGUUCUUCUGCCCCCCCAACCCUGAUGUUCAGCCUUUCAUCAUGGGCUUUCACACUAUUGACAGGGAACACAACACUGCUAGCUCUCAGGAAAACACUACACCGACCCUUGGCAGCCUUGCCCAGACGCCCUCCCGCUCCCCGACCCUUCCUCCCGGCAGCAACUCCACCCAAGGCUCCGCCCUCGCCUCCUCAGGCCUUCACCCCAACAACAACAGCAACGCCUCCUCCCACGGACACGGCCCGGCCACGCCCCCGGGCUACGUGACGCCCUGUCGGACGUGUCCCUCUCCUCUGAGCAGCCCACUCACAGCCGCCCCUACCUCGUUCAUGUCGCCCAGGAUGCCACGGGCCGGCCCUGGGUCGGGGGGGAGCCCUCGGGUCCCGGGGAACCCCUUCUCUCCCUCCACGCCAGGCCUCAGCUGUGGGUCGCCAGGGUCUUUCUCCCUGUCCUCCCCUGUCCCCCAGAGACAAGCCAGCACCCCCACCGGCUCCUCCACCCAGCCCGCGUCAGUAAAACACCCGGAAGGAGGAGAAGGCCGGGGAGAGGACUCUGUUAAAGCCCCCCUUCCUUCCGCCUCACAGCUGGGGACCCCCAGACCCAACCUGCUCCUGAAUGUCAACGGGACGGCGGUGGAAUCUAACAACAACAAAAACAACAGCACCUCAUCACCUCAUCCUCCGAACCCGGCUCCUCCCCCUCAGUGCCCUGCCUCACACAGCACUCUCACCGAGCGACACAAGAUUCUCCACCGGCUGCUCCAGGACACGAGUCCCAGCGACUCCGCCUCCUCCGCCGCCGCCGCCGAGGACGGACCCAACAAGAACGAAGGCGACAUCAAGAGGGAGGCGCCCGCCUGUCCAGCACUUAGCGCUUCGUCCAAAUCCAGCUCCAGAUCCACGGAGCCGCAGGACCACCAGCUGCUCCGCUUCCUCCUGGAUACAGACGAGAAGGACUUGGGCGACCUGCCUCCUCCCUCCGCCCUCAGCCUGCAGACCGUCAGGGUGAAGGUGGAGAAGAGAGUGAGCGUCGAUGGGCCGCCGCUCUGCACGGGCUCGUCUGCCGCGGCAUCCAAACCUGCAGCGGCGUCCGGCAGCCCGGCGUGCGGCAGCCCCAAGCCCGGCCCGGUCGGAGAGAACCGGAGGGACAGCCGCCGGGACAGCAGAGACUCCACGAUGUCCGAUGGCCCUCUUGACAUGGACUCUCUCAGCCAGCUGCUGCCUGGCCUGAGAGGCCCGGGUGGGAACAAGCAGGGCGGCGAGGGUCCGACCACCCCCGGGAGCCCCCAGCUCCAGUCCCCGGGACCCCAGGCCCAGCUCCAGUCCCCCCUGUCCCAGCCCAAGUCGAUUCCCCAGCUCCAGUCGCCCUCACCCCAGCUCAAACUGCAGUCCCCCCCCCAGCUCCAGCCCGGCGAGGCCAGCACCCCCCGCAAUGUGAAGAGAGAGUCUCCCAGCACUCCCAACAGAGGGCUCAGCGAUGGCUGCAGCCUCCAGACUCAGUCGGUGUUCGAUUUCUGCAGCCCCCCCACUCCAAGCAAGAUGCCCACCCAGGGACAGGGGGACCCCUUCCAGACCCCCAAGGACAGCAGCCCCUUCCCAGAGGCAGAAGUCCUCCACCCCUUCAGCUCAAGCACUGGCCUCACCAAGAUGGACGUGGGAGAUUCUCAGUUUCAGCCUCUGGCUCUGUCCGACACUUUGUCCUUCGAUGGUCUGGGAUCUCUACUACAGGCUCCGCUAGCGUCACCGCAAGAGCAGUGUGUCCCCUGCACGCUGGAUGAAGUCCUCGGACCCCUGACGGCCCCCGAAGGCCGGAACGACGAGAAGGCUCUGCUGGAGCAGCUGGUCUCCUUCCUCAGUGGAACCGACGAGAGCGAACUGGCUGAGCUGGACAAGGCCCUGGGUAUCGACAAGCUCGUACAGGGUGGCUGCUUCAACCCUCUGCCUCAGACCUUCCCCUCCCAGCAACCCACUGCCACCCCAGUGUCCCUGGACCCCAAACUCCCCAGCUACCCCUCCCAGUUCACAGCAGCUCCACAGGCCCAGUUCCCCCCCGAGCUGGCCACCGGGGGGCCACAGGGUCUGGGCUUCGGAGCCCCUCGGGGGGCUUUCCCCGGGGGCGCGGGCAUGGUGAGGCCCGGCGUGCCGAGACCCCAGGGGAUGGACGCUCAGCUGCGGCUGCCCCCCAACCAGCUCCGGCUGCAGCUGCAGCAGCGGCUCCAGGGCCCGCAGCAGCUGCAGAACCGGCUGGCGGCCAUUAAUCCGUUUCCUGCAGGACAUGUGAACCUGGGCGUUCGUCAGGGCGUUCCACCGCCUCAGAUUCCCUCACAGCCUCCUCUGAACGCCCAGAUGUUGGCCCAGCGUCAGAGGGAACUCUACAGCAUCCAGCACCGCCAGCGACAGCUUUUCCAGCAGAAGGUCAUGCUGAUGAGACAGAACCUGGCCGGCGCUCCGGCUGCAGCCGUGGGACCCGUCGGAGCCGCCCGGGUCCCGAAAGGCCCCCCCACGCCGCCUCAGCAGCAGCAGCAGCAGCAGUUCAGCUUCCCACCGGGGUUCAACCCCAUGCCGGGAAACCCCCCUACCUCACCGAGUCACUUCAGCCCUCUGGACAACAAGCUGUCCGCCCGGGUUCCUCUGAGCGGCCCGGCGCUGAUGGGCGGCGUGCCGGCUCCGUUCAGCAGCAGCGUCGGCUCCUCGCUGCAGCAGAGUCUGUUUCAGCAGUUUGGAGGAUCCGCUUUGGUCCAGCAAGAUCCAUCCUUCCCUCCUGACAUGAGCCCGACCAGCCCGUUGUUGUCACCUCAAAACUCCACCUCCCAGAGUCCUCUGCUUCAGCAAGCCCCUCCUCCUGGCUACCAGUCACCAGACAUGAAGAGCUGGCAACAGACGGCGAUCGGCAGCAACAGCCUGUUCAGUCAGUCAGGACAGAGUGCAGCGCAGGCGUUCGGCCAGCAGGGGGUUUACAACAACAUGAGCAUCACCGUGUCCAUGGCCGGGGGCUCGGGGGGCGUCGGCUCGUUACCUCCGAUGGGGACGCCGGUGGGCAUGAGCAACAGUAACCUCAGCAGCGUGGGCUCCGUGUGCAGCGACCAGCAGGUGCAGCAGCUUCAGGUGUUUGCCGACGUCCAGUGCACGGUGAACCUGGUCGGCAGCGACUCGUACCUGACCCAGGGCGCCAUCGCCGCCGCCGCCGCCUCCCAGAAGGGCCCGGGGCCGCCGGGCGCCGCGAGCAGCCAGGCGCAGCAGAAGAGCCUCCUCCAGCAGUUGCUCACCGAGUGACACCCCCCCUCUCGCCCCUCCAGCUCUCCUGCUCCCCUUCUUCUUCUCACUUCUACGCCUCCUCCUCCGUGCACCAGACCCAUUGCUGUCUCUGUCUCACCUCUAGGAUGGAAGGAUGGAUGUUUGGACGGCGUUGGCUCAGAGCGCUGAUCCUGGGCUGGUUUGCUUUUUGCCGCCCAGUACUUAAAGAAACGACUCACGCGUCAGAAGGAGCAGCAGUGUGUCUGAACCUGCCUGUCUAAUCUGUCUGACAACCUGUCUGUCUGCCUCAGCCUAUUUAAAGGCAGUGUUGUCUUGCUGCUCAUUCCUUGGUGACCUACUUCCUGCUUCCUGACCCAAGAAAACAAACUGCGACUUCAUUGUAGAUUUGCCAAGUUGUCGUCACUGUUAAAUCAGGGCCGGCCUCCUUUUUUUUAUUAUUUUGUUUUUUGGGUUCUUCUUCUUCUGAUUGGACGGUUUCUGUCGGGUUUCCGGCGCAGCAGCAGCAGCAGCAAUGCAUCUUGGGAGCAUGAGCUGCAGCGUACAGUUGCGCUCAGCGUUUUUAAAAGUGAGGGAGUAUCCCACACAACAGCACCUCUGGCUUUUUAUUUUUUUAAUUUCCGUUUUGUUUUGUUUUGUUCCUCCUCUACCUGUCUCUCAGCGAUGUGGGAAUGUUAAGGUUUCAGACCUCUGAGGCAUUGUGGGAUAGGAGCUCGGUCCCAGCUGGUUCUGUGACUGUCUCUCUCUAUCAGCUACAGUGCCUGGUCGAAGUCGGAGUUCUGAUCCUGAACUCGGCUUCUUCUUCUUCUUCUUCUUCUUCUACUUCUACAUAUUAUUCUAUGACAUCCUCUGUUUCUACUUUGGUUGAAUGUUUUUAUUUUUUGUUUAAAGAGAAAAAAAUGACAAAAAAAACUCCAUCUGCUCUCACCGUCAUCAUCUUCAUCUUCAUCAUCUUCACGAUCAUCAGAACAAGCUUUGACAACAGCCGGGUUGGAUGGAAGGAUCGAUGGAUGGCUGGAAGGAUCGAUGGAUG